CCUUCCUCAACCUCCGCACCGUGCCCGGCUGGGCGCGAGCACGGCUCUCCUCUUUAUCGCAAACACCAUCAUCAACCGCCUUCUGUGGUGUUUCGCAUGGCCUGGACUGCCGAAUCAGGAUGAUUGGGCAGAUUGGAGGAGCUAGGGAGCGGCAGCGGUCGCGGCUUCCGCGAUUUGGAUGAGGAGUUUCCUUCUUGCGAGCUUGGUGAUUUUUCUCUCCUCGUUGUCGCUGCUCUUCGUCUUGCACUCGAUUGUUUGGGUUGUCCCUGCCGCUCGUUACGCUCGUUGCCGGUUGUUGUGUCUGUUGCACAGCGCCUUGUCUUUCGUUCAUCGCCGGCUUCCACCUGAAACGCAUCACACUACCCGAUCAUGCUGCGUUCAAUUGCGGCGUGCGCCUUCGCUGGCGCUGUGGCUGUCGACGCCAUUGCGACCAUCUCGGCCAAGGGGUCGAAGUUUUUCACUUCUGACGGCGACCAGUUCUACGUGAAGGGCAUUGCGUACCAGCUCGUCCCCGACGACCCGCUCAUCGACGCGACACAGUGCGGCCUCGAUGCUGCGCUCAUGAAGACGAUCGGCACCAACUCAAUCCGUGUCUACCACGUGGACCCCAAGCAAGACCACACCAAGUGCAUGAGCGCCUUCGCCGAUGCGGGCAUCUACAUCUGGCUGGACCUGGACACGUUCACCACACAGAUCGAGCAGACUGCGCCCAAGUGGAACGCAACCCAGCUUGAUGCCUUCACUGCUGUCAUGGACGAGUUCCAGCAGUACGACAAUCUCGCUGGCUUCUUCGUCGGCAACGAGGUCCUCACCACCGCCAACGGCUCGGUUGCUGCGCCCUACGUCAAGGCUGCUGCGCGCGACGUCAAGGCCCACCGUGACGCUAAGAAGUACCGCAAGAUCCCCAUCGGCUACUCUGCCGCCGACAUUGCGACGCUCCGCCCCAUGCUGCAGAACUACCUAGCCUGCGGCAGCAACGCCUCGGAGUCGCUCGACUUCUUCUCACUGAACGCCUACUCUUGGUGCGGCGACAGCAGCUACCAGACGUCGGGCUACAGCAUGCUUGAGGCCAACUCGACCGAGUACAACAUUCCCAUCUUCAUGUCCGAGACGGGCUGCAACGUCGUGCGCCCCCGCACGUUCCAGGACCAGAACGCCCUCUACGGCGACAUGGCAGACACAUGGUCCGGCAGCAUCAUCUACGAGUGGAUCGAGGAGUCCAACGACUACGGCCUCGUCUCGUACGGCUCCAAGGUCGACCCCGCGAGCCCCUCUGCACCCCCAGACGGCUACCCGCGGUCCGGCACACCGACCCCUGUCCAGCCUGACUUCUCGAACCUUGCUGCUGUUUGGAAGACGCUGAACCCCACGGGUGUCAAGGAAAGCGCGUACAGCCCGACCAACUCGGCGCCCGAGUGCCCCGCCCAGACGAGCGGCGUGUGGGACGUGAACCCCACUGCUGCGCUGCCUACGCUGGGACAGACGUACAACGAGCAGGCUGCUACGGGCAGCGCGAGUCGAAGCGGUUCGUCGAAGCCGAGUGGUACUGCGAGCGGCAGCGCCCAGGCGAGCGCGAGCAGCACGGGCGCAGCCUCGGAUGGUCUGAGCCGUGAGCUCACGGGUGCCGGAGCGGCGCUGGUGGCCGUCAUGGCUGUGUUUGCGUGGAUGUAAGAUUGAGGUUAUAUGGAGAGAAUUCUGGAGUUUUCGAUGGAGGUAAUGGUGGCAUGGGAGGCUGGUACAUAUACCCCGUAUUCUUUACAUAGCACGACAGACGGCAGCGUGUAGAUUGUCUGCUCGUUGAUCAAACGCUUUAUACAUGGACUCUGACAAGAAAGCCCGUGCUCUUCGCAUAGCAUGAUAGGCAGCAGCAUGUAGAUCGUGUACUCAUUAAUCAAUCACUCUGUACACGGACUCCAGCAAGAAAAGCCCGCAGCUCCACCACAUCGCACUCUAU